AUUGUCCCAGAAAGGAAAAAAAAAACGAAAUAAAAUUCAAUAGUGUGAUUGUAAUUAUAAUCAUCAGCUAGAGAAGCAGGAAAAAAGGACUAAAAUCUCUCUGGUUCUCUCUAUCUGUUGAAUCAAACCUUAUGGAAGGCGAUCGAAAAGAGAAGAACACUCCGUGGCUAUCAGUGCCACAGUUUGGUGAUUGGGACCAAAAAGGAGGAGGAGGAACAAUGCCUGAUUACUCUAUGGAUUUCACUAAGAUUAGAGAGAUGAGGAAACAAAACAAGAGAGACCCUUCUCGAGCCAGUUUAGGCAAUGAGGAAGAACUCAUUAAGCCACCCGAGUCAGCAACAUCAACUGCUAAUCUCACGACGGUCCAGAGCGAAAACCAACGAGAGUUCUCUCCCAGCCACCAUCACCACCAACCACAUUCUCCUUCUACGAGGAGAAGCAUUUUCAGCUGCUUCAACUGCUGCGUUAAAGCUUGAAGAUUUCUUCUUGAGCAAAGGAGCAGUUUUAUUAUUCGACUGUGGAAAUGUAAUGUCAUGACUCUUUAAUGUAUGUUUCAAUCCAUUUCUCUCUUCUUUAUUUUCCUUGGGAACCAUAUAAGCUCUAUUACAAGGAAAAGAUUAGGGGGGAAAUUAAGCUACACAAUUAAUUAGUACUCUGUUAGUCUGUUUGUUUAGUCUAAAGAAAAACAUGGACAGUGAUCCGAAUGAAAA